UGGGGCGCUGCGUGGUGUGCCCAAGAGUCCCAUGAUGAACUGUUUACUUCUAGCAUGGGCCUCGGGCACAGGCUUCGAUAGUCACCGAUACCUGCUGCCAUCGUAGCUUUUGGCCCGCCGAUCGCACCUGCAGUCGCAGAUUAAGCGGCUCGCUUAUGUACUGAAACGCUGGCACAGCCUCUGCACGGAGCCGCGCUGUUGAUGCACGGCCAUGGCGUUCAUGGGAAAGUUCUCCAAGUGUCCGCUGUGCCACAAGGAGUUCAGCACGUCGGGCAGCCUGUCCAAGCACAAGCGACGCGUGCACAAGGUGAUGCCCGACCCGACGAAAGCGGCUCGAGCUGGCCGGGAGGUGAAGUGCGGGGAGCAAGGUUGCGCCUAUGUUGCCACAAGGCGCGACGACAUGCGCGAUCACUUGGUCGUCGAGCACGGCCACUCGCUGGUCGAGGUGCAGGAAGAGUUCGAGUCGAUGAGCGACUUUCGCGAGUGGAUGGACCUGGUGUCUCGCGCCAACCGUACGCAGUUCGCGGCGCGGGCCAGCGACACGCAGGCUCGGGCGACUGUCCAUCGCUACGUUUGUCAUCGCUCUGGUCUUAGCAACGUGAAGACUACGGCUCGACGGCGUAGGAUCAAAUCGCAGGGCUCGUGCAAGAUGGGCGGUUGGUGUACCGCGUACCUGAACGCCCGCGAGUGCCUGCUCACGGGGGCGGUGCGUGUCAACGGCUGUCUCACUCACUACGGUCACGACAUGGACGUCGUACACCUUCGCAUUUCCGCUGCUGACCGGCGCGCGAUUCUGGCCGAGAUUCGGCGCGGCGUGCCCUUUGACCGCAUCCUCGAGAACAUUCGCAGCGAUUUCCCGCAGGACGCGCGGGAAAUAACGCGCACGCACCUCAUCACGAUGGGCGAUAUCCGUAACAUCGCCGUCUCCGAAGGUCUGCUUUCUUGGAAGUUGGACGUGGACGACGACCGGAGUGUUCGCAAGCUUGCUGCGCGUUUUGCGGCCCAGUCGUACAGUCCGAUCCUUCUGUACAAAUCCCGGGGCGCGACCUCAGACGCCUCCGGAGACGCCGACGUCGCCGCUUUUCGGGGUUUGGCUGACGACGACAUGGCACUAGUGAUUCAGACGCGCUACCAGCGCGAUCUGGUCAAUGUGGACUCCGCGCUCGUUUGCGUCGAGCCUGUGACCGGCCAUAGCUCCGAGUACACGUUGCUUGCCCUUUUGGCCACGACAUCUGUCGGUGUGGUGGUUCCUAUUGCCUGGUGCGUCUGCGGAGCAGCCAACCCGGCUGUCGUUACUGCUUUCUUCGAAGCCGUCCGUCAGAACAUGGGCGACUUCACGCCGCGAUUCUUCAUGUCCGAAGACACCGACUUCUAUUUCGCGGCCUGGCUCGAAGCUUUCGGUGCCGAGCCACGGCCGCAGAAGAUUAUAUCUUCGUGGCACGUACAGCGUGCAUGGACUGAAGCCAUCAACACUUGGGUUCGUGGACGGGAGAAGCAGGCAGCUGUAACCAGGUCGCUAGACCUGCUAUUCAACCAGGAGUCUGUGGAAUCCUUUCAGAAAAUGCUGCGCCGUGUCAUAAGCAUGCUCAAAAUGGAUAGCGACACUGCCAGCUUUGGAGAUGUGUUUGAAUCCACCUAUGCUGGACGGCCGGAGCAGUGGGGAAGUUGUUUCUUCAGGGACCUUGAUAUCAACAUUGAAGACUUCCACACGUUGUUCAGGCGCAUUGCAAGCCGCCUAAAAGUGAAAAGAUUAGACAAGAUAGCCCAUAACCUGCUGCUUGCCUCUGAAUCCAAGCAGUACGAGAACUACAUGAAAGUUUUGCGUCAAACGCAGCCUGAGGUGGAAAGCUCAAAAAAGCAGAUGGGACCAGCUUCAAGUGACCUACUUGCUACUGAUUCUGAUGUAGUGCCGGUUGAGGUAAUGUCAGUCGAUGCAAUGAACAUUGUUGAAACUGUGUCUGUUGACACCAUCACCUUUGAAGCAAUGACAUCAUCUGGUCUGCCAGUUGAGGUAGUGCCUGUUGAAGAAGUGCAUAUAGAAGAGCUGCAAUCCGAGGAGCCACAAAUUGAGACCAUGUACAUUGAAGAGGUGCAUGCUGAAACGUCACUUAAUCUGGAGGAAUCUUCAGACACACAAGAUGCGCUGGAGCAUGAACAACCACUCUUGAAGCCAAAACGUCCUCGUCCUAGGUCUGCUCAUCAGAUGAAACUGAAAAUCGUGCAAGCACAUCAGGAUGCGUUGAACAUUUCUCCUGAACAGAUAGUUCAUGUUACUGACAACCAGUGGAGAGUAAAUGAUGGAGGUGUCAUCUAUGAUGUUAACGAGGUGCUCAGCUGCCGCAAGAUCAAUUGUCAACCUCGCUGCAAGCAAUGCAGUGCCUGCCUUCAUAGAUACCAUUGCACUUGUGGGAGUACGGACAUGUGUCGGCACAUCCAUGCAUGUCUCAUUCAUGCAAGUGAAAUCUUUGCCGAGCCAGUGGGAAUGACCGAAGAGGUGGUGAACACAAUGACUGCCGAAGCACUGGCCGAGAGCACGAGUUUCGCAUUUUCAAGGAUUGAGUCAAUCGAAGAAGCGGCCAUGCUGGGAGACAAGAAGAAGCUAGAAGUACUUUGCGCCUUACAUAAGCUCAAUGAAACGUGCGUCCGUGCUGCCGAAAUGCUAGCAGCAAGGAAGAGCUUACCAGUGGCUCACCAGGCUGACUACAUUUUGUCAACACUGAAGGCAACCAGCACUGUGUUGGACACCUUCUGCCGCAAAGGCACGACACAGACUUUCAGAAAGCUGGCUGAUCAUGACUAUGAAAGCACAAAUUAGCACGCAUUAGCUUCAUUGUGCAUUUAGUUCAAGGACCACUGCCAAGUGUAGAUGAAGGGAAGGGAUGUUGAGAAAUGUUCGGGCAACAACCCGUGAUAUGAAAGACUAGAGGAGAGAACGAUGGUGUGCACCACUUGUUUGAGACCCCUGCGCUAAUUUUUGUGACAUGCAGAGCAGUUGCUUCCACUGCAUUGCAACUACAUCCAAACAGCAAGGAAAAUGUAUAGUGCCCACAUGUGGUAAUACCCAUGGCCACACACAGUGUGUUGUGAAGACUGUUAGGUAGCUGCCAGCAACGUAUUUUGAUUGACACUGCUGCUAGGUCUGAGUAAAAAGUAAUGAAUGACCUUCACUGAGAAAGCAUAGCGAGAGCUUAACUUGAACGUUACAAGCUACGUCGGACUGAAUGUUAUAAAGCUACGUCAGAACCUUGCUGUGAAAAGAGUCAAGUAGCAACUAGCAGCCUUUAUUGAUUGACACUGCACUACUAGCUCUGAGUGAUGAAACAGAGCUUAAGGGGAGAUUAGAGUUGAAAAACAAGUUAUUUUUCCAAAAUUACAUACUUUUUUGUUUUUUGUCUCUUUCAUAAGCUCGAGUUGAAAUAAGGUUUCAAGUUUAACUGUCUAUUUUCACUACAAAAAAAUCAAGGUUGUAGUUGAACUCGAAAUGGACGAAAUCCCCUUUAAAGAGGACAAGGUGGCUAUAAAAAACCAAAAUAAGAUGAUUAUCUACAGUCCGCCGAAAUUGUCUCAUGCCUGCUUGUCGUUGCAUUUCGCAAGAAGAGUCCCUCAAAGCCACAUGCUCAAAAUAACCAUGGUUCCCAAGCUUUCAUAACGGAAGAAAUCGUUUUAUCAUUGCUCCUUUGAUUAGCUUUCAUUCCUACAUUAAGAUGUGUUUUUUCAAGGAGCAAUUUCGGACAACUCCUAGAGUUCGGAUGUCAUGUGUUUGGUACUAUACUGAUGGCCAGAUCAACGUGAAAUUCUUGCGACAUAUUCCUGAACAUGUGCUAAGUGAAAUUAUUUGCUUUAGAGCACGAUAUCAUUUAUAAAUUUUUAUAAAUUUAAAGUGAGCAAUUGGUAUGGGCUGAGCUUUGAACACUUCUCACAUUAAAAUUUUUCUCGUUCGUUUAAAUGUAUUAUACACACUUUAUUGUUAUUUGCAGUCUACAGUUAUUCUGGAGCAAUAUGAGGCCAUUAAUGACUCAUAAUUUAAGAAGUUUAGUGGCAGAAAAAUUCUGUUAUAUUUUACACAUUAUCAUGGCACAAAACGGUAACUAUGCAACUUACUAUAAAACUGAUCGCAUAUUUGAAAUUAUUAUAAAAACUUAGUGAACAGUGAACAUUUAAUUGCCUUAGGCUACAGAUUAAAGAAACUUUUUUUCGAAUUCCAUCUCUCUUUAAAACUGUAUACAACAAACUAUGACGAAUAGGUGUUUAAUAGCCAUUUGGUGAGAACAAAUGCCAGGGAAAGGCAAUGAUGUUUGUUUUAAUAUUUGUGUGAAGUGAACAGCAGUGCUGCCAAUGCUGACAUGAACACUUUCCUAAUCAUGCAUUGCUAGCUGCUACUUGGCAGGCCCGCAGUGUUGCCUGUAAUGUCUCUAUGCCAUUCUGCAUUACUUCUAGUAUUGCCUUUAGGCUUGAGAUAUUGCAGUCAGCAUUGUUACAUUUACAAGAAUUUUAUUUGCAGUGAUUAAAAGAGUUUUCAACUAGCAAUAGUCGCCCCUAAGUUAACGCAAAGUGACCUGCUACGAGUCACAUUGGCAAAUAGCGGGCAUAAUAUUUGUCUUAAGAUGUGCGCACGUUGCUCGUUUCCAUGCAACUCUAAACCAUACAAUGCUAGCCAUCCACGCUAGUCAGAGUCAUCCAAGGAUGUGGCUUCUCAUGGUACUGUAGGCCACUAACUAGCAGAAACCUUCACUUGUUAAUGCCUGCUCGACUGAUUUCUUACAGUACUAAACAAGCGAGACUGGCCCUGUUAGUGAAAAACUUGGGUUUGUGCUACCCGCCAUACAGAUAUUGAACUACACUAUGUGCAGUGUGGGGAAGUAGUGUCACUUGUGAACCACCCUUGACGUGCAUCUACAACAAUGCUCACAUGCACUGAAUGCAUUUUGGCAACUACUAUAGUUGCACUGCCCCCCCCCCCCCCCCUUUUUUUUUGUGGGUAACACUGCCGAAUUGAAUGCUUUAAAUCAUUACACCUUUGUCAGAAAUUCUGAGCUUGUUCUGCAAAAUCCCCUUUGAGAACAUUGUUUCAUUUGGUAGGUAUUGAGUAUUUAAAAGGCACUACUGUCGAUAAACAAUUAGCACAUGAACAUUUUGAUUUAUGGAAAAAAAAAAUUCUGUGUCACGGAGAGUCGCCAAAUGGUUUGUUAACCUGGUUCACCGCUCUGAUUUCUUUCUCACUCUUGCGUCUUAGGUAGCACAAACUAGCUGUUUUGCUUGGGGAAAUAUGAUGUCCAACAAAAUGAAUGUCUCAUUUUGACACAAUCAGAUUAUAGUUGUUACUGAAGCAGUGGACUGCAGUAGCAUGUGUUUUAGUUUAUACAUGCAGGGAGUAAAUUAACAUAAUUAAGGUGAGUUGUGUUUGCCACUAGCACCAUUAGGCUGUCUAAGUGCAGCAAUUUCAACUUUGCAGCAUUCUAGAGCUGUUGCUAUAGCGUAUGGGGCUUUUGCAAAUAGCACCUCUGGUGAAGCAGCUUUUAUUUAUACCCAAACAGUACUGAAGUCCAUAAGCUGACUCUGCAUUGACAGAUGUUGCGUUCGUUAGAGCACUAAAGUAAAGCUUGUGCACAUCUUUAAUUUUAUACAUAUAUACAAUUCUGUAAGUAAUAUUGCACUGUGUUUCUGUUAUGCCAACAACCAUGCGUGCCUCUUCUUCAGCCAUUUUUUUUUUCCAGCCUUAUUUCCUAUUUAUCUCAAGUGGCGUUGCAGAUUUACGUGAAGCAGUUAAACUCCAUUUUGAUCCAUUGUAAUGAAAGCAUAUUGAACGGAGCUUUUAUAAAGCAUCUAUAGUUUACAGCACUGUAGAACAUAAAAGUGCCUGUGCUUAUACGUACUGUUUCAGUACACUGUUCACUGUGCCCGCAGGUCUUUUACAGCAAGUUCUGCUGGAGUCUACACGAGAUCUAGUGUAUGCAUGCUUUGUCUUUACGAAUGGUGAUGGAGUUUCGUUAGCAUGAAUCCACAUACUUCCAGCAACGCAUUACGUUCUAGUCACUUUGAACAAGCGACACAGCGCAAAAAAGAACUGUGUGGGUGUGUGAUGGUCAUUUGUGCAUAGACAAAAAAAGCUGGGAAACUCGUGAAUAAAUACACACAAAGAUGAUGUUCUAGUGUUCCAUUUUUUCCCUCCUUAUUGCUCUGUCAAACACUGUUCACUUGUGUUCAUGGGACGUCUCAGUGCAUUAAAAGCUACAUGCAACCA